GGGUAGCUGUUAAAGUUAAAAGUUUCAAAUUUUAGUGUAGAAAGGUUAGAAUUUGCUAUUGGAUCAUCUGCUAAGCUUGGUUUAGUCUUCCUGGAACAUCGAUUGUAUUGAGGUUAUAUUGGAUCAAAGAUGUCUGCAGAGGAGAAGAACCUUAUAGAGAUCUUGGAGGAAGGUAACAAAGUCGAUGUUGUUAAGUACAUUGAUUAUGUCAGUGCCCCUCAAGCUGGUGCUAUAGCGACAUUCUCAGGCACUACAAGAGACAUGUUCGAGGGCAAGACUGUGUUGGAGCUAAGGUAUGAAGCAUAUGUGCCAAUGGCCACACGAUGCCUCAGCUCCAUCUGUACAACUGCUAGAUCAACUUGGGAUAUCCACAAGAUUGCGGUUGCUCACCGUCUGGGACCAGUUCCUGUUGGAGAAACCAGCGUGUUCAUCGCAGUCUCAUCUGUUCACCGUGCAGAUGGUUUAGAUGCUUGCAAGUUUUUGAUUGACGAGUUGAAGGCAUCGGUUCCGAUAUGGAAGAAAGAGGUUUACACUAAUGGAGAGAUUUGGAAGGAAAAUUCCGAGUUUAUGGAGAAAAGAUUAGAGCUUGCAGAGAAAAGAGACAGCAGUGUAAAAAAACCUGUGAUUGAAGAACAUAGAAGAAGAGGUUGCUGUGGAAGCAAAGUUAGAGUAGAAGAAGAUGAAGAGCAUAAAGAUAUUACAGGAGAUAACAAAUCUUCUUCUUGAUUACUUGUAGCAAAGAGCAAUGUUUCCUUUUUACUCUCAAUAAACAAAAUGUCUUAAG